UAGUGUCCAACAAUAUUUAGCAAACAGAAAAAGUUAUCCAAAGAAAUGGCCACCCAAUUAACCCUCUUCUUUCCCUCCAAACCCAACAAAUAUCCACCCAUCUUCCCAAUUCCAAAAACCAAACUCUACCACCAUCAUCGUUACCAUUACAACUACAAAACCCAAAUUCCCAAAAUAUUCUUUUCCUCAUCAUCCUUCAGAAAUGGAAGCAAUACUCCACAACCAGAAACAGAGUGCCCUGUUCCACUAGAACAGCAACCCAUAAAUGAGUACCAAAACCUCUCCACCUCCUUCCCAUUCUCAUGGGCCUCAGGUGACAUUGCUCAAUACAGCUCCAGGUUGUUCAUCACAGGCACUUCUUUUGCUCUCUUUAUUGGCCUCCCUGUGGCCUGGCUUGGCACUGUGGGUCCAGAUUCUGAGCCAUUGAAGAGGGUUUUAUGUGCUUUUUCAAGUGGGGUUUUUGUGGUGACUCUCGCCGUUUUGAGAAUGUAUCUGGGUUGGGCUUAUGUGGGCAAUCGAUUGCUUAGUGCCACUAUUGAAUAUGAAGAGACAGGAUGGUAUGAUGGUCAGGUAUGGGUUAAAACUGCUGAAGUUUUGGCACGUGACAGGCUCCUUGGUUCAUUUUCUGUCAAACCUGUGCUGAGCAGAUUAAAGUUCACUCUUGUGAGUCUUGCUGCAUCACUGUUUGUAUGUGUUCUUCUCCUCAUUAACAUUGAUGGUGGCCAAAAGGUAGAAGCCAGUGGUAGAGUAAUACCUGGUGUUUACAAUGAUGAGUCUGCAAGAUCAUUUGAGCCAGACGCAUUUUGCGGUGAACCUGGUCUUCCAUAAUUCAUGAAGCAGCUUUCAGUUCUAUAGUAAUGUAUCUUAUUCAGUGUAAAGGCAGAAUCAUGUCAUUAUUUUCCUACCGUACAGUUUUUCAUAUGGAUUUUUUUUUUUUUUUUUUUUGGAUAUAGUUAGAAAUAUAUACUUUCAUAUGCUGCUGACCUUGCUGCUCAAACUCCUCUUUCACUAAACCCCUAAGCACUUCGUGCACGGGGGUACCAUAUCACCUACAAGGGCAGGUGGUAUCAAGUGUAACAUUUUAAGAGAGCCUAAUGUGUAAUUUUAAGAACUUUAUCAUUUGAAUUCACAUAGCUUGAAUGCAUCCUCUUGUAAA